CAAAGUGGACAAAACCCUGGCCCCCGUCGUCGCCGGGCUCACCGGCCUCGGCCUGUCGCGUUCCGAGAUCGGCCGCCUCGUCUCGCUCGCCCCGGCCAACAGCCGGUGUAGAUCCAUAGUCUCCAAGCUGGACUACUACCUGCCCCUCUUCGGCUCCAUCGACAACUUGCUCCGUCCGCUCAGGCGCAGCAACUGCCUCCUCCGCUGUAACCUCGACAAGGUGGUCAAGCCCAAUGUCGCCUUCCUACAAGAGUGCGGGCUAGGUGCUUGUGAUAUUGUCAAGCUGUGCAUCCCUGCAGAGAGGAUUCUGACCACCAACCCAGAGCAGGUCCGGGCGAUGGUGGCAUGUGCCCAGAGACUAGGUAUGCCCCCUGGCUCUGGGAUGUUUAGAUACGCGCUGCAGGCUGUCGCUUUCCUCACCCAGGAGAAGAUCACCGCCAAAGUGGAGUACUUGAAAAAUACAUUCAGGUGGUCAGAUGCGGAGGUGGCCCUUGCUGUGUCUAGAAAUCCGAGUGUGCUAAGGAGGUCAAAGGAAUCUCUGCAGCGCAAGUCUGAUUUCCUCAUCUCCGUGGUGGGGUUGGAACCGGCCUAUAUUUCUCGUAUUUCAGUAUUCAUCACUUUCAGCCUGGAGUGCCGGCUCAGACCCCGGCACUACGUUGUAAAUUUUCUUAAGGAAAAUGGACUGCUAGAUCGCGAGCGGAGCUACUAUGCAAUUUGCAGGAUGACUGACAAGGCUUUCACGGACAAGUACAUAUGCCCUCACAAGGAAGCUGCACCGCACCUUGCCAAAUACUAUGCUGCCGCUUGUCGAGGGGAAUUGCCUGCCCAGUAGAUUGAUAUUUGCAUGAUACCAUUGCUGGAUAAGGCACACUAGUUUGAUGCAGCGGCAGGUUUGCAAGAGAGCAGGUUGUAAAUCAUAACAAGAACAAUCAGUGGUCAAGAGCUCCAGAUGGCUCCAGUUAUCUACCUGGAAGUUUCUCCUUUUUUUGGGUGAGAUUUCUCCCUGCAAGAAAUUGAAGAGAUGCAUUACCGAAAGGAGUUUGACAACUUCAGCAUGUACACACAAAGGUGCUCCCCAAGAAAUUGCCUGAAUGUUCAGAUUAAGAGAGGUGAACACCAAGGCCUUUUAUUCGUAGUGGUAGGAUGGCAGAGCAAGCAUUUGUGUGUGUUCUGUUUCUACACUCUGACCGGUUCUAAAUUCCCAUCGUAAGAGGAAUUUUAGCUGUCAUGUUUAUUGAAAAUUUAGCUGUCUUCUUCAUUGAUGUCCCAAUGAAUGCUUUACAAACUGGUGCAACUGCUGCAGCUUGCAGUGCAAUUUCUCAGGCCAUUUCUGAUCUGCCGGGAUGGUGAGUGAAUCAAAGGAAGAUCGAGUUGGUCGAUUAAGUCUUGGAGAAGAUGCAAUCGGAUGCUUGGUUGGCUCAAUUCAAGCCAGCCGGCCGGCCGACCUGCAGCACCAAACGGCGACUGACAGAGAUUUCAAUGGUCAGAGAUGUGCUGGUCAUCAGGCACAGGCCAUUAUUCAUUCCAAGGUGGUAAUCAACUAUGCAUAGGCCAUUAUAUACCCACUGCAUCCAGCUUUUCCACUAGAUGGAAAUAGUUGAGAUCAUCUUAUACAUGGCCAGGUAUCGAGCUAUAAAGCUCUCAUGCCAUCUGCUCUAAAUUUUAGGCCUACCCCUUCACUUUCGCAGCAGGCCAUGUGGUGUUAAAUUUUAGUAGCCCACUAAAGUUUCAAGAAAGUAAUUAGCCAUUAAUGACUAGACUUGUCGAACCAGUUUUACUUUAUCUGAAAUUAACUCUUAAUGCAACAUAUGAUCGUUAAGCAUGCACUGUUUCACGUGUCGAUAUUAGCUACUCCCUCCGUUUCUAAAUAUUUGUUUUUUUAGAGAUUGCGAAUGGACAACCACAUAUGGAUGUAUAUAGACAUAUUUUAGAGUGUAGAUUCACUCAUUUUGCUCCGUAUGUGGUCACUUAUUGAAAUCUCUAGAGAGACAUAUUUAGGAAUGGAGGGAGUACAAAUUAAAAUAUGAUUAGGGGGGCCUAACAAAUUUACUCUUGUGGCUAGACUGAUUAACCACGUGCCAAAAUAUAAUUAACUGUGUGUUGCUUUAGUGGAGAAAAUUGUGUUUUGCUUGGUAAUUGACUUUUUCUAUGGUGAAAAUUCAUCAAUCAAGUAGUACCAUUCAUUUUUCUCCAAGUAAGUGCUACAUUGCGGUAUCAGUUGAAACUCCCAAUAUGAACAAUAAUAUGACAACUAAAAAUAGGGUGUUGAUCAUACAAUUAUGUAUGUUUGGGAAAACACCAAAAAGAUUUUAAUUCACGUAUAGGUGAAGAUGGCUUCAGAAAACAAAAAUUCAAGAUUUGACGUCAUGGUAAGACCAUCUCGUCAACCAAUGAAGGUUAGAUGCCCACAGUUUUCCACA